AUGCAUCCAUCCAUCCAUCCUCCUCCACCUAUCUCCCCCAAUCUUUUGAUUGAUGGGCCCGAUGGAGUAGAGCCACGGGUCAAACAUGGUCUAUUGAGCAAGUCCACAAGCGCGCGUGUAGCGUGUGAGCCCGUUGUCCGUAUUCCUGUGUAUUACUGGUUGCUUUCUGUCGUCUCUUCUGGUGGGCGCGGCUGGUACCAUCUUUUUUGGUCUGUUGCUUCCGCCAGUGGGACUUUUCUGCCAGUGGGUUUGUUGCUUCCCACUGGUAGGCCCUUUCCUCCUACCAGUGGACCUGUUAUCUCUCGCCAGUGGACCUUUUUAUAUAGUCGCCGGUUGCCGGUUGCCGGAGACAUUUAUCCCACUGGUCGGACAUUUGCUUCCUGUUGCUUCCUGUUGCUUCUGCCGGGGAACCCGAUGGUUCCAUUUCUGCCGCAAAAUCGUCGGCCAUGUCGUGACAUCAAGACACCUUGUCAGAAGCCGAUAAGGCUCACCAGAAGCCCAACAUGGGCGCCUCAAAAAAGGCCACACCGGCCCAUAAGAAAGGCCAAAGUAUGCGCCAGAGCAAAGACCAAUCCGGCCCAUAAGACAGGCCAAUGCUCCAAGUGCGCACCAGAGAAAGGGCAAACCGGCCCACAGGAUAGGCCAAAUAGAGGCGCAUUUCUGUCAAAGUCCAAAAUCUGGGUUGUACCUCCAAGUCUCAAGGCCAAGUCGAUUUCCAAGAAGGGGUCCAAUGCAAAAUUCCAAAAGCAAGUUCCAAAAGAAAAACCAAAAACCAAAUCCGAGGCCUAUACUAAGUCCUGUAAAAAAAACGGGCAUAUACUAAGUCCUCCUCUCCAAAAGGAUCAAAAGAAAUCCGAACUCGAGGCAUAUACUAAGUCCUCCAAUCCAAAAGGAUCAAAUCCAAAAACCGAGGCGUAG